UGGGCUGGGGUGAGGGAGGAAGUGGUAACUAUGAGCGAGCAUGUAAGAACAAGAUCCCAAUCCUCAGAAAGAGGAAAUGAUGAAGAGUCUUCCCAACUGACUGGACCUGCUAUUGUCCAGCAGCUCACUGAGGAAAAACGUCAAGAAGAGGAACCACCAACUGAAACCCAGGGUGUUGCACCCAGUGGGGAGAUCGAAAAUGAAGGAGCACCUGCGGUUCAAGGGCCUGAUGUUGAAGCUGUUCAACAGGACUUGGCUCUGCUUGCAGUAGAGGAUGAGCCUGGAGAUGGUCCAGAUGUCAAGGAGGGGAUUCUGCCCACUGUUGAUCCCACUAAAGUGCUGGAAGCAGGCAAACUGGUUAUCUCAGGAAUCAUCCACUCACUAGAUAUUCCUGACAAACUUGUUUAA